UAUUUUCUAUGGAUGCUGUAUGCUCCGUUGCAGAAAAAAAACCCCGAACGACGCCAUCCAGGACGGCGGCUCGCUCGCGUCUCGCUCGUCUUUCCGCCCCCUUCCCCUCACUCGACGACUCGACCUUCCCCCACGGAGCGCAAGAUCCAGGGAGCCGGACGGACUGCAGCUGCUGCCUUGUGCGUGGUCUCUAUCGGCGGCGCCCCCGAACUCCCAGGUAUGUGAUUCUGUAGUACGUGUGCGGCCACGGCGACCCAGAGGAGAGGAACCCAACCGAGUGAGGCGGCACAAAUUCCCAAUCUGCGAUCCCUGCUCCGCCCAAAGAUGGCGGCGGCGUGGGCGGUACUGGCGGUGUUGCUCGUCGCAGCGCAGGCGGCGUCGGCGGCGCCGGUGGUGGCGCCAGCGUUCCUCUGGGCGCCCAAGAACUACGGGUUCUGUUCCGAUGAUGCUAAGGAAGUAGUCCACUAUCAGACAGUGUCACCAAAGGGUUUAGCUAAGUCUGUUCUUGAGGAAGGUGGCUGGUCAAACUUGAUGUGUUCAAAGGAGGAUGCUCAGAAGAAUGUUGAUGUCGCCAUUGUUUUUCUUGGCUCAAAGCUACAAUCGUCAGACAUAUCUAAAGAUAAGCAAAUUGAUCCAGCUUUGGCAGAUACAUUGAAGCUCUCCUUCACAAGUUCAGAGUUUUCCAUGGCAUUCCCCUAUGUUUCCACAUCAGAUGAUGAGAAAUUGGAGAAUUCAUUGUUGUCCGGCUUUGCUGAGAAUUGUAACAGUUGUUUGGAAAGAAAUCGUGUCACCUACACAGACACAUGUACUGUAACUGGCCAGGAUCUGAAGAAACAUCACAGCAUGGAUUCUAUUCGUGACUUAGUGACGUCACGGAUGGGAAACAACCCAAGUGGGCAGACCGAUCUGGUUGUCUUCUGCAGUGGUGGUUUUGAGGAUUUAGACCCUGCAAAAUCAGAAGGAGAGUUGCUUUCUGAGCUGGUCGCCAUGCUGAAGAAGUCUGGAGCUAAAUAUACCAUUCUUUAUGCUUCUCAACCGUCUGGUUUACUAGAGAACCCUUCCAACCUGCCACAAGGCAGGUAUCUUGCAGAGAAGACCAAUACUACUAAAGGUGGACGGGCCAAAUGUGAUGGAGAGUGCCUAGUCAAAUCAACUCUUCUCGAAGGAACUUUUGUUGGAAUUGUGCUUCUUAUCAUCUUGAUAUCAGGACUCAUGUGUAUGAUGGGAAUUGAUACUCCCUCGAGGUUUGAAGCUCCCCAGGAAUCUUGAUUGCACUUUAACGCAGGAUAUGGGAGCUUAUCUUGGCAAGGCACAAGGAGUAUGAAUGACCGACGUUUGUUGGUCUGCACCGUGGAUAUUGUUAGUUUCCUGUUCCAAAGUGCCUUGUGUAUUGUACUGAGCCAACUGUUAUUUACAAUGUGCUCAAUUUUGGGUGUAAUAUUCUAUGUAGAUCUAGCUGAGUUAUUGCAAACAAAUACAUGUGUGAGGCUUGUGUUGUACCAAACAUACCAUUGCCUCCAGUGUUCUCUGUGAAUAACCUGAAAUUCAGGUAACCAAUAAGAUGGUACUGCGCAUCAAAUAAAAUUGAAUCUUGUUAUUUAUUUGGAUAAAAAGUUA